AUGGGACGCCGCGCUAAAAAUAAGCAACAAGAUCCUGAGCCUCUUGAAAAGCCUGAACGCACAGAACUUUCAAGACGAGCUAAAUCAAAACUUAAGAAACAACAAGCACUUGCUGAAAAGAAUAACAAGAAACGUCAAAGCACAGAAGAGGUUGAUUCCAAAAAGUCAAAGAAAGCCAAGACAGAGACCAAGAAGAAAGACACUGAUGGUGACGAUCUUUGGGAUAACCUUGAAGUUGUCUCCGAUGCUGAAGAUAGUGAGGACAUGGACGAAUUUGAAAUGGACGAUGAGUUUGAAAUGAACGGCAGUGCACAAGAGGAAGAAAGUGAACAAGAAGAUGAACAAGAAGAACAAAAAUAUUUCCCUAAAGCAGAUGCUGAUUUCCUGGGCUCUGAUUCAGAGCAAGAGGAAGAAGAGGAAGAAGAAGAAGAGGAGGAGGAGGACGAAGAGGAUGAUGAGUUUGAUGAAGAUGAAUUUGUUGAGGGACAAGCACUUGAUGAACGUACAUCUCGUAAAAUUGAAGCUCGCGCAGCCCGUGAAGCAGCUGAAGCUGAGGCCGAAUUAAGAGAGCAAGCCAACCAACAAGAAGAACUUGAAGAAGGCGAGCGAUACAAAUUACCUGAAGGAGAGGAAGCAGAAUUAGUGUCAGACAUCACUCUUGUUAGUCAGCGAAUUAAAGAUAUCGUGGGCGUAUUAAACGAUUUCAAGAAACUCCGUGACCUUAAUACAAGCCGUCAGGAGUAUGUCGAUCGAUUGAUCAAGGAUAUUGCCGCUUAUUAUGGAUACUCUGAAUUUCUGGCAGAGAAGCUGUUCCACCUCUUUCCUGUCUCCGAAGCUAUCGAAUUCUUUGAAGCCAACGAAGUAGCUCGUCCUGUGACCAUUAGAACAAAUACAUUAAAGACUCGUCGCCGUGAUCUUGCGCAAGCAUUGAUUAAUCGUGGUGUUAACCUUGAACCUAUUGGUAAAUGGAGCAAGGUGGGCCUUCAAGUAUUUGAAUCUCAAGUACCUAUUGGUGCUACGCCUGAAUACCUUGCUGGGCACUAUAUGCUUCAAGCUGCUUCUUCUUUCUUACCCGUCAUGGCAUUGGCACCUCAACCUAACGAGCGUGUGCUCGAUAUGGCAUCUGCCCCAGGUGGUAAGACAACAUAUAUUGCCGCACUGCAAAAGAAUACGGGAAUGGUAUUUGCCAAUGACGCUACAAAAGAUCGUUUAAAGAGUUUGGUGGCCAACAUUCAUCGUUUGGGUGUCAAGAAUGCUGUUGUAUGUAACUACGAUGGUCGUGAAUUCCCUAAGGUGAUUGGUGGCUUUGAUCGUGUCUUACUUGAUGCACCAUGUUCAGGUACUGGUGUUAUCUCCAAAGAUCCCAGUGUCAAACUAAACAAGACAGAGAAGGAUUUUAUUGAUAUUCCUUUCCUUCAGAAGCAACUUAUUUUAUCUGCCAUUGACUCCGUAGAUGCUAAAUCAAAGACAGGAGGCUAUAUUGUAUACUCAACAUGUUCCGUCACAGUAGAAGAGAACGAAGCAGUUGUCAAUUAUGCUCUUUUAAAACGUCCCAAUGUCAAAUUAGUGCCUACAGGACUUGACUUUGGUCGAGAAGGCUUUGCUUCAUACCGUGGAAAGACAUUCCAUCCUAGUCUCAAGUUGACACGUAGAUUUUAUCCUCAUGUACACAACAUGGAUGGUUUCUAUGUUGCUAAAUUCAAAAAGAUGGAUAACAAAUAUACAACAACAAAUGAUAAAGAUACUAAACAAGCAUCAUCUGAAUCUAAUGAAGAAACAAUAGGCUUUAAUGAUGAAGAAGAUGUCAAAUAUAUUGAAGAAACCAAAAUCACGCAAAAGAAGAAGAAGGGUUUAAAGGUGUAA